AUGAAGGAAAAUUUCUCAAAGCUUAAUGACAAGCAGCAAGACCUAGAAGAGAUAAAAAAUGCAUAUUACAACUUGACCAGCAACUACAGUACUCUGUUGAAGACUCAUGCUAUCCUACAAUCUCAAUACACAAAAAACUACAGUGCUCUGGUGGAAAGUCAAGCUGCCUUAGAGACUCAGUGUUUAAGAAACUACAGUGCUCUGCAGGAAAGUCGUGCUACCUUAGAGAUUCAUUGGACAAGAAAUCACAGUGCUCUAAUGAAAAGUCAUGCUACAUUACAAUCUCAAUGUGAAAUUCUAAAAAAGGACCAUGCUGAGCUUCUGGCAUGGAACAGAAAAUUAAAGAAAUGCAAUAAUCCUGUUAUAAAUAUGACUCGGGAAAAUGUUUCAUGUCCAGAAGGCUGGUUGCUUUUUGAUCUCAAGUGUUAUUUUUUCUCCACCGAUAUAAAGACCUGGCAGUUGAGCCAAGAACAGUGCAUGAGUAUGGGAGGACACUUGGUGAUCAUAGAAAGUAUGGAGGAGGAGAAUUUUUUAGAAGAUAAAGCUAAUAUCCUGACAGGUGAAAACUAUGGUUAUUGGAUUGGCCUAACUGAUCUGGAGAAAGAAGGCCAGUUUGUCUGGGUGGACAGCAGACCUCUAGACCCAAAAUACAGGUUCUGGGAGAGAACUGAGCCUAAUGGUGGCCAAAAAGAAAACUGUGUGCAGAUGUGGUUAAUAUCUCAGUGGAAACGUUGGCAUGACUUCCCAUGUGUAACUGAAGCAAGAAGGAUCUGUGAGGCCAUUGCAACUCUGCUUCCUAUUUAAACUGCUAUCAGAAGUAUCAGCAAUAUGACGGAGCUACUGUCUUCAAACAUUAUGACAAUCACUUCAGCAGUAAAUCAUGCAGCUGAUAGCUUGUGCAGGGAGUAAUAAUAAUAAUAAUA